GCCCUCGCCCUCGCCCUCAAAACGCCCGCCGCCGCCGCCGUAGUCUGUCUCCUCGAGCAUUUCCCUCUUAUUUAUUUCUGUUGUCUCCCCAUCCAUUAGAUCCAAGACUGUCUGGGUCAGAAUCUUAAGUUGCUUUUCCUUUCUCCAGUAGAGCAUUUUUAUCACUAGCAGUAAGCAUUUCCCAAAGACGGAAUCUUUUCAAUCAAAGCAAUAGGAGAGGAAGAGAAGCCCUAGCAUUCAAAUCCAAGCAAAUAUAGAACCUUCAAAUAUGGCAAAAAAGGCAAAUCUUUUGAAUCAAAGCAAUGGAGAAGCUUCAAACAUGACAAAAAAGGCAAAUCUUUUCAGAUGCCAACAGCACCAGAAGAAGAAACUAGGACCUCCGAAUCCAAGAAUUCGCAAAGGUAAGAGAGUUGUUAAGCAGAUGAACAUUGUUGAUAAGCAGGCCACUGGAAUUCACUUCCAUGACGAAAUAAUUAUACAAAUCCUCAUCAGGUUACCCAUGCGGCCUCUUCAUCAAUGCAAGUGUGUGUCAAAAUCUUGGGCGGCAUUAAUCUCCAAUCCUUACUUUAAGAGGAAGCAUCUCAAUCAUGCCAUGAAUAACCACAACUCCCAAAAACUUCUGAUUUGCCGACCAUGCCCCAAAGAUGGUACGAUGUGCUUCUAUCGUUCUUCUUUAUCCUCCGUUGAUGUAGAAAAGCUUUAUUUCCCUGUAAACUGUAGAGCAAGGCAUUGUAAGAUCUUGUGUUGUUCCAAUGGCUUGUCUCUUAUCCUCGUCUUUGUUCCCGAUGAAGUUGAGCAACUUUUCCUAUGGAAUCCCUCCACGGGAGAAUCAAUAAUACUUCCCAAUCCACAAUUUCCACCAAGACACCCCUCAUAUUCUAUUUACGGAUUGGGAUACGACUCGACUAGCGAUGGCUUCAAGAUUCUUAAGAUUGACAUGGAUAAGCCUUAUUCUACCCAAGUUCUUGCGCUCAAAAGUGGAUCCUGGCAAAACAUUGAUUAUCCUCGCAACAUUAAAAAUUUGUUCUCUGGUAUGGACUCUUUGGCAUUUGUACAUGGGGCAUUUCAUUGGAUUGGGCUUUCAGUAUAUUGUUCUAUUGUUUCAUUUAAUAUUUCAAAUGAGGUAUAUGGAGAGAUACCGUUGCCGGAUCAGAUUUGUCGUUCUUGCAAUAGGUUCGUCGAAACUGGUGUUUCAAUAUUGGGAGGAAUGCUUUGCAGUUAUUCUUCUUGUGUUGGUUAUUUUUCUUGUAUUGAUGUGAGGGUGGGAGGCAUUUUUAGGAUAUGGGUUAUGAAAGACUAUGGUGUCAAGGAAUCUUGGGUUAAAUUGUAUACUAUACGAGAUGAUAUGUUUUACUCAAGCCUACCGAAAUAUAGGUUUGAGGAUGGCGAAGUGCUACUCUACGGGACAAAUGCUCGAACUCUUAAGUUUGGGUGUGGAUUUUCUACAUCCAAAGGACCAUUUGGGUUAUGGCCUCAAUAUGAUAACCAUCAUCAAGGAUUUGCUUUUACAGAAAGUUUGACCUCUCCAAAAUUACUUAGGAUUUUGCGUAUGUUUGAUUGAAACACUUUUUAUUUCCUUUAGAAAUCAUGCUACCACCUCUCCUCAAGUGACUAUGAUUCAUAUUUAUGACAACUUGUUUGGGCUGAGGCUUAGUAGCUGUU